CUCAUAUUUCUCAUUCGUGACUUUUGGUUGAGACCCCAUUCAAAAUGGCUCAACAACUUUUGCACCUUACUGGCAGUGCUCUACGCAUGGCCCAGGUUAUCCUCAUUGUUGCUCCCGCUUUUAUCAUUUUCGGCUACAACCAGGCCGGGGCUGGUCCCCUUGCUACCCUCCAAUCUUGGGUAAAGGUCUUUCCUCAAAUCGACACAAUCAAUACAACAGGUGCUUUGGAGGCAAAGAAUUCAACUGGGAAGGGAGCUGUCAUUGCGUCCUUCCAAAUUGGUGCGCUGAUUGGUGCGCUGUCGUGUACUGUCAUUUCGGAUCGUCUUGGGCGUCGCAAGACUAUAUUUAUCGGUUCUAUUUUCACCAUCAUCGGUCAAUUACUACAAGUGUCGGCCUACUCUUUGAUUCAAUUUACAGUUGGCCGAGUCAUUCUGGGUAUCGGCACUGGUCAAUUCAGUGUUGCUGUACCUGUUUGGCAAUCUGAGUGCUCUUCCGCCAAGCAUCGCGGUCAGCAUGUCAUCGCCGACGGUAUCUUUAUGUGUCUCGGAUAUGCUCUGUGCAAUUGGAUCGACUUUGCCUUCAGUCGACUUCCCAAUGAGAAUACCGGUCAGUGGCGUGGACCGCUGUCGCUUUCCUUCUUGCCAUCACUGGUGAUCUUGGUCGCGGUCUUCUUACUCCCCGAGUCCCCGCGUUGGUUAGUGAGAGUCAACCGUACCGAAGAGGCAACCGCUAGUCUUGCCGCAUACAAGGGCAUGUCUCCCGAGGACGAAGCAAUCAAGUCAGAGAUUUCUGGUAUUGGACUGUCUUUCGAGAAUACCUCUCAAUCCACAAGGGCGAUCCGCGAGAUGUUCUCCAAGGAUGAUGACGAGCGCUUGUUCUAUCGCUUCUGUCUCUGCAUCAUCUUGCAAUUUUUCCAACAAAUGUGCGGCGGCAACCUCAUCUCAGUCUACGCCUCCACCAUCUUCGAAGACAACCUGGGACUGAGCUCUAGUCUCUCAAAGAUCCUCGCAGCAUCUGCACUCACGUGGAAGUUCGUGUGCUGUUUCAUCUCCUUUUUCGCCAUUGAUCGACUGGGUCGCCGGGCGGUAUUUAUGAUCAGCGGAACUGGCAUGGCAUUCUGUAUGGCCGCAAUGGCAAUCACCACUAGCUUCGGAGUUGAGAACAGACAGGCGUCGAUCGCAUCAGUGGUUUUCAUUUUCAUGUUUAACCUCUUCUACCCCAUUGGCUUCCUGGGCGGUAAUUUCCUGUACUGCACAGAAGUUGCUCCCCAGCGCCUUCGCGUUGCCAUGUCUGCUAUCUCCACUGCCAACCACUGGUUGUGGAACUUUGUCGUUGUCAUGAUCACACCGGUCGCUUUGGAUACUAUCGGCUACCAGUAUUACAUUAUGUACGCAAUCUUAUCAGCGUGCAUCCCGGUUUUGGUGUACUUCUUCUACCCAGAGACGAUGAACCGGAACUUGGAGUUGAUCAACCAUGUCUUCCGGGAUGCGUCGUCGCCUUGGCAGAUUGUCUCUAUGGCGCGUAAUCUUCCCCAGGGGGAAAUCACGCCGGCAGAGCUGGUCGCCUAUAACAAAGAGAAGGAUGAUUGCUCUGUUGAGAUGAGAGAACAUGCAUAAUCGAUUGAUGAUGUCAUUGCUGGGUUGAGUUGGCGAUAUAUAUGACAGAGUUAAAUUUACAUAUUUCUACGGAUUAUAUUCCCCAUGAGACAAUCAAUUCACG